GUCGCCCUGCCGCACCGUUCGCAAAAACGUAUCACCGCACAUUAUAUUCUGCGCACUUUGAGAUAUCCGGAGAUAAUCGAAAGUGUUAGGUGUUGCCGGUGGUAGUGAGGUCGCUCGUAGGACAGUAAGGUCGCGGACGGUGCGGCCCAGGUAGCGAGGGUGCGGGCUGCUGCCGGCCCGCAGCGAGCGAGCGCGCCGCACAGCAGCUGGCGGUGUUUACACGCGGCGCCUGCAUCCGCGCUGCCCCGAGCCCCGAGCGGCCCGAGCGGCCCCGUGGCUCGUGCGGCCCCUGUGCCCUGUGCGCCCCGUGCGCUGCUCGCUGCAACAUACUACACCCCUCAUUUACUAUUCAACGCUGUGAAUUUUUAACUUUGCGAACGACCGAAGAUAGAGGUAUUUAAAUGCUUAUUAAAGCUGACUAUCACACAGAGACCGGCCGUAGUGCACAUUAGUGUCACGAGCUCAGAGCAUACGCAUCGAAACAGAAUUGUCAUAGUUCAUACGAGUGAUUUCACAACUUCGUAAAUAUGGGUGCUAAAGAAAGCGUGGAAGCUGCUAAAUUUUCUUCGCAAAAUUGGAACAAUUUCGAGCAUGCCGUUGUGAAACACCCGUACAGACACGGCACGCAGCGGUCGCAGAGCUUGAACCGCGGCCACUCGCUCUCGCGCACCGAUGCCACCUGGUGACAUCACGGGACCGCGGGCAGCAUAGUGCAGUGCGCCGAGUGUGGCACGCGCACGAUGGGCAAUAAGCUAUCGUCGUGCUCCUGCGCGCCCAUCUUGCGCAAGGCGUACCGCUAUGAAGACAGCCCGUGGCAGAACUCACGACGAAGAGACGGACAUUUGCUAAGAUUAUGGGCCGAGGUAUUCCACGUGUCUGCAAGUGGCGCAGGCACAGUGAAGUGGCAGCAAGUCUCGGAAGACUUGGUACCUGUGAACAUCACCUGCAUCCAGGACUCGCCCGAGUGCGUCUUCCAUAUCACUGCCUACAACUCGCAGGUCGACAAGAUCCUCGACGUUAGACUACUGCAACCCGGCACCCGUAUCGGGCAAGCGUCCGAAUGCUUCGUGUAUUGGAAAGAUCCCAUGACUAACGACACAUGGGGACUCAAUUUCACUUCUCCCAUUGAUGCCAAACAAUUUAGAGAAUGUUGCUCACCAUCAUUCAAAUUCUCCCGCAAGGCUUCGUCGAGCUACAGCCUGAAGCUGGAGCCUCCUGGCAAUAAGCAAAAGUUCAAGGCCAAGAGGAAGCCACUCUCUACACCUGCCAGUCCCAAUCGAUCAAGUCUGACCUACGGACGUGAGCCGCAAUGCACAUGCAUGACACAAGAGCAGUACGCCCGACUGAGAGCACAAGAUCCCCGAUAUCGUUCAUCGACUCUGCCGCGCACUACAACACGUGCGAUUGAGACAGAUGCGGGUGCUACGGGCACGGCCGGCCGCUCUGACAAAGUUGCUGCGGCCACUUCAUCGACCUCGCUGUACGACAACGUAUCCAACUCGCAGCCUGCUCACCAGCCGCCACCAAAACCGGCAUCGCGACAAGCUGACACACAGCCUCCGACAAGACCUCCGAAGUCACAAGAAACAUCGACGAUGACUACCAACACAUCGACUGCACCUAAAACUGUCACUGCUUCAGUGGGAACACAUGGCACUAAUACGAACGAAGAGACUCAAGCGGGCGGCGGCGGUACAUCGUCACAGCACAGUCAAGACCUGAAGUCGGAAGGAGUACAGGCCGGUGGCACUCUCACCUCUUCAAAGUCUUCCGCAACUUCUACACGCUCUGGCAAGGAACAUCUCCAACACAUGCCCAAGAGCGUCGACUACGGCGAUGGCAACGAAUCCGACUGUAUGAAUUUUCAGUCCCGUGAAUCGGACCGGCAUGCUGCUCAUCAUCACAACGUGAUCAAUAACAACACAUCAGGAUCACGACGUACCAAGUCCAAGAGUACUGAGGACAUGAAUAUGGACUCGAGCACUCUGAAACGCAUGUUGAAGCCGAUGCCGUCGACGGAGAGCCCGGUAACAUCACCAGAGAUGGGACGUCGACGAUACGGUGGCACAGCUCCUUGUCCGCCAUCUUGCGGCUCACACGGACACCGCCACCAGCAACACAUGCACCACGGACAUUACUCACACAUCGUCAACAAUAACAGCCGACAGAGCUCGCAACGGCGUGGUGUUGGAGUUGGAGCGGCACCCAGUGGAUAUCCCGGUCGUGGACUGUACCUAGAGCUGGGCGGUGGAGAGCGUGACAUGUCACCACCAUCCGACAAUGUGAUGUUUGACAACCAGUGUUACGCUACUACACCAUCUUCAUCAAAUGGUAACUCAGAUCAAGAGCCUUGCCAGCGCCGUGAUUCAAGACAACACCAUCAUGGGAAGCCGUGCUUAUCUCGUCAAGCUUCUCAAUCGAGUGCAACACCAGCCCCUGGGUCUCCCACCUCCCGUUUGCUGCUGGAAUACGAGAUGCACCUAAGGAACACUCUUGCCAAGGGCAUGGACGCCGAGAGUUAUAGCUUGCAUACCUUCGAAGCUCUGCUAAGUCAAAGCAUGGAAGAUUUGGCGGAGUACAAUGACAACGUGUCGUCUUCUAAUCAACGAAGCCCCUAUCCACCGCGACGACGACCGACCCAAGAAUCAAUUCUACAGUCUUUGAGACACCUUAAGGAGGCUGCGUUAAGGGACAGAGCAGCGUCACAGUGUUCCGGAGGCGGCAGCCGAUCUUCAACGUUACCACUGCCACAUCGCCUUGGUGUUGAACGACAGCACAGUGCAAGAUCCGAUCGCGAUGGAUACUACAGCGACCGAAAUGAACUGAUGCGUGAACGAGAGAGGGACCGGGAGCGCGGCUACUUGAGUGAUCACAACUCCAGGGACAGAGUCCGUGAUCGUGAUCAAGGAUAUCUCAGUGAUCACCAGUCAAGUUUCGUGAGCGCAUCCCGGUGCGCCUCAUGCAUCGGUGAGUCAGCCCGCGCGGCGUGGUACCGCCACUCAGACGGGUGGCGCGGUGCCCCUCCUCCUGGCCCUCGCCGCUCCCCCUGGGACUCCCUUCCCAGUCUCCGCCAUGAAGGCAGCCUUAACGACUCCGGCUACAGGAGCAACAGGGCUGACAGCUUCGAGCAAAGAGGCGUGUUCGACCGUCAAGACAGUGUUCGUUCGGAAUAUACAAGCGAUCGUGAAUCAACCCGAUAUGGAAUUGUUCAGCAAGCUUCGAUUGACAGCACCGACUCCAGGAUCUGCUACUUGACAUCGAGUGAGAUAUCGGAUGAUGAUCGCAUGUCGUUAACGACGGCGGUGUCUGACGAGGAGGACCCUGGUGAGAGCGCAAUGAAUUCUCCUUACAAAGGAAAGCAGACAGGCGCUGCAGCCGCAUCCUUCAACUGCACAGGAGCCGUCAGGAAAGCUGGGUUCCUGAGUGUGAAGAAAUGGCUUCUCCGCAAGAAGCACCAGAUUGAAUUAGCUCGCAAACGUGGUUGGAAAGGGUACUGGGUGUGUUUGAAGGGCACUACACUGCUUUUCUAUCCUUGCGAUUCCCGCGAAGGCCGUUCCGUGGAAGCAGCCCCCAAACAUUUGAUCAUAGUUGAUGGAGCCAUCAUGCAACCCAUACCAGAGCACCCAAAACGUGACUACAUAUUUUGUCUGAGCACUGCAUUUGGUGACGCCUACUUAUUCCAAGCACCUUGUCAGAUUGAGCUCGAAAAUUGGGUGAAUAGCAUACAUAGUGCUUGUGCCGCUGCAUUCGCUCGUCACCGAGGCAAGACUGGAACUCUUCAUUUACUACAAGAGGAAAUAUAUCGUCUCGAGAAGGCUAUCGAAUCUGAUCAUAAGCUAAAGCAUAUGGCGGACCUGCAACAAUCAGUAGUAUCUGAUCCCGAGACCCGGGCGCAACUAGCUGUUCAAAUGCUGCAGUGGGAAGAAAAUCUUGAACGUCUACAUUGUGAGCAAUUCCGAUUGCGCUGUUACAUGGCAAGCCUUCAGAGUGGUGAACUCCCUAACCCCAAGUCUCUGCUGACCCACGUGUCGCGUGGUACAAAGAGCACUUUGAACAAGUUAGGGGUGUUCACGGUGUCAUCUUUCCACGCGUUCAUUUGCGCGCGGUCACCAUCACUGCUCAAUAAUUUACUGGCUGGACGUGGGGCAACUAAGCGGCGUGCUCCUCAACUAUCUCGAUCUAACUCCGGUUCUAGCAGACGAUCUAUGCAGAUGUCUCGUGAGGAUGGUGAGGCAGCCGUGCGAGUAUCACUCCCUGAAGGUACAACCGCUACAGUGGGAGUGCGCGAGGGCAUGUCUGUAGAAGAGUUCCUAGCAGCAGCAUGCGCCAGACGCUCACUCAAUGCUCUCGAGCACUUUGUCAGAGUGAAGAAAAGGCGUGAUAUGGAAGAUCACAACUAUUUUGUUCCUCAUCGCAGCGACCUCAUUGAAACCUAUUUGCAUACACACGAGGUUGUGGAAGUGUGCGCCAAGAUCCUGUAUCAAGUAGAAUUACAACGUACGACGUUAGAGCAAAUGUGGGGCUUCAGUGUAGAAGCUGAACUCAUUGAGAACGCGGAGCGACAAGACGAGCUCUGCUGCUACGUGAGCCGAGUUGAAGACAAGAGCGUCGCCAUGCAAAAUGGUAUAAUCAAAGGCGAUGAAAUAAUGGUAAUCAACGGAGCGAUCGUAUCUGACCUAGAUAUGAUGUACCUGGAAAGCGUUUUGCAAGAGGAGCUGUCGCUCGUCAUGAUGAUGAGGUCAUCUCGCACGGAGCCGCCUGAGUUGACAGGAGUGAUGCGCGCAGCCACCGACGAUAUAAUCGAUUCCCUCGUGUGCCCGCCACCACCCAGCGAGCCGCCAGUCAUCUCCGAUGACAUGAUAUCCGGCCUCAUCGUGCCCGCACCAGCCUGGAGUAAGGAGUUAUACAGCCCGGACACGGACGCACACGGUGGCGACGCCGUCAACACUGGCCCACCUAAAGUCAGCUCCCGAACAAACUCGUUCGAAAUCGAAAAUCUACUCAAGAGCGCGGAGCAGGUGACAGGCUGGUGUCGAUCUCCGGCGGAGACUCGACGUGGCAGUCCGACCGGUAGUGUUGCCAGCGCUGCAGCCGGCACGCCCUCGCGACAUCUCUCCGAUGCCGAUAAACUCAGGAAGGUCCUGCUGGAGCUGGUCGAUACUGAACGCGCCUAUGUCAAGCACCUGAACAACUUACUGGAAAACUACCUGGAACCUCUCAAGAAAGAAACUUUUUUAUCAAACGCCGAGAUCAACGCUUUGUUCGGCAAUAUACAGGAGAUUGUGACUUUCCAAAGACAAUUCCUGCAAAACUUAGAGGAAGCGCUUGAGGCUGAACCUAACUUCCAUCACUUUGAAUUCUCAAACCAGUUUAAGAAUGCUCUCUUCGCGGUCGGAAAUGCUUUCCUCUAUUACGUCAACCAUUUCAAAUUGUACAGUUCAUUCUGUGCCAGUCACAGUAAGGCUCAAAAAGUGCUACAUCCAAAUGAAGGUAAUCAAGCUUUACAAGAGUUUCUUGCGGCUCGAAAUCCAAAACAGCAACAUUCAUCAACGUUGGAGUCGUACUUAAUAAAACCUAUUCAACGGAUAUUAAAAUAUCCACUUUUACUUCAACAACUCAGAAAUUUGACUGAUGUUAAUUCGGAGGAGCAUCUCCAUUUAGUGGAGGCUCUGAAAGGUAUGGAAAAAGUUGCAGAGCACAUCAAUGAAAUGCAACGAAUACAUGAAGAAUAUGGUGCUAUAUUUGAUCACUUGUUUAGACAACAUCAAAAGUCUUGCAAGCAACCUAUAGAUCUAAGUCCUGGCGAUUUGUUAUACUACGGUGGAGUAGAAUGGUUAAAUAUUUCAGACUUUUUAGGAAAAAUAAAAAAGGGAUUGGAAUUGCAUGCAAUGUGCUUUGUAUUUAAAUCAGCUGUUGUCUUCCUCUGUAAAGAAAGACUGAGGCAGAAGAAAAAACUUAUGGGUGUCUCAUCUAAAAAUAGUUCGAACGAAGUAGAAAUCAUAAGGUACCAGGUACUGAUACCGGUGACGGAGGUUCAGGUCCGGGCUUCCUCUGCCAAGGAUAUGGACAGUCACUUCCUUUGGGAACUCAUUCAUUUACGAAGCCAACUGCAGCGUCGCUCCGAGAAAGUUUAUGUUCUGUCUAACAGCACGGCUGACUUCCGCAACGCGUUCCUGAAGACAAUCAGGCAGAUCAUCCGUGAAUCAGUUCGCAACAUGUCGCUGCCGACCUCUCGGCCUGCCCCGGCACCACCGCGAGCCCCACACACUCUCGACCGAGAGAGACCUAAACACCAGGUGCAAGUGAUGCAAGGAUCUCAAACCCUUGGUAAAACUAAGAAGCCUAAAACAUCAGGACAACGAUUAUCGGCCGGAAACAUUGAAGUGGGUGACUUAUCACGUGAGAACUCUCAGGAUGCAGAGGAACCCCCACCAGAGCCUCCACCCGAAGAGCCUGCCUUCAGGCAUCGCAGCAAGACACUUGGCGAUACCACUGAGACGGUAGUGAAGCGCGCGCCGCCGCCGCCGCCGCCCGACGUGGACAAGUGCGACCCCGGCUGCAAGUCCGAGGGCGAGGACGAGCAGCCGCCGCCGCCCGCCAAGCGCGGCCUCGGCAGGACGCCCAACCAUCUCACACUCAGCACGACGUCGACGCUGAGUGCAGGCAGUACAGGCAGCCAGGCUCGCCUCAUCCAGUCCUCACACCAGCCCGCACAGUACCAACCCAUGACCAUGGCAAAGGAUCUAGGUAAGCAGGAAUCGCAGUCUCUCAAAUCAUCACCGGAACGAAAGACGUCUACAACAGCACCAGAGAAGAGGAUUAAGGUCAUACGUUCCUGUAGCGGCAGUAGCAUCAAUAGGGAUAGGUCUCCCAAUAGAUCGGUCGAUCACACGUCACCAGAUCGAGAUCGCGUUACUAAAGUCAUCGUUUGCAAAUCUCCUAAUAAAUCCAGUUUGAAGCAGACGAAAACGUUGCAUCGAUCUCCUCGAGGAAGCUUCGAUCAAUCAAAGUCUCCUCGAGGAUCCAUUGACAAAUCACGAUCUCCUCAGCAAAGCUUCGACGGAUCUCGGUCACCUCGUGGAAGUAUCAUGAAAUCACGUGAAAAUAGCGUCGACCGGUCGCGAUCGCCAAAACCUGCACCAAAAAAAGGAAUCAUGCGAACCCCACAAGCUAGUUUUGAUAAAUCUCCCUGUAAGUCACCAAAUUUAAGCCGACGAUCUUCGAAAUCCGGUGGAGAGAAAUUAGCACGUCUUGGAACUAAUUCUUUAGAUAGAAUGACUCAUUAUUCUCAGUUAGCUAAGGCAGAAGAUAAGGCAAUAAAAAUGGGUAUCGUAGUUUCAAAAUCAACUGAAUCUAUUGCGAAGGCCAUCGAGCAUCCAACUUGUGUUCAGUGCUACCUUUCUGGAAAAAAGCAAAGUAAAACCUCCUAGCAUAAGGGGAAGGGCAAGUCGCCCAAAUCUCGACGAAAGUCAAUGACUGCUCAGUCGAUCUUAACAUCAUCAGAUCGAAGCAGUGUCGAGACCUUGGACGACAUGCCCCAAGAGCGUGCACGAUGCACCUCAGCACGCCACCACGAACGGAGUGAAUUUGAUCAAAUACAUGUUUAAAUCAAUUCAAUAAGAUUAAAUAAUUCUCGGAUUGUGGCAACCUCGGAUGAUACAUUUUUAUCUGAAAGUAAUCAAUUUAAUAUACCAAGUCUUACCUAACGUACUAAACCUAACAUCAUCAUGCAACCAAGGCAAAUAUAAGUUGCUUCAAAAUUUGUCAGUCGAAGGUACUAUUAAUUCAAAAUAACUUUAAAGACAGCUUUUAAAAGUUGUAUUAUAAUUGAAUACUAUCAGAAUAUUAUAAAGACAAAAAAUACUAACAUUACAAGACUGUUUCACCAAUUUGUGAUCUGACUACCAAGACGUGAAAUCAUUUGAAAUUAAAUAAGGCAUGAACCGUAUUCUCAAAUCUACGACAAAAUUACCCAGACGUUCAAAUAAAAUGUAUACGUGAACAUUUUCAAAUCGUAUAAUUCAAAUCAAUGUCGCAGUUAUAGUGAACUGUACUAGCCUAGAGUAAUUUCACGACUCUCAGUGUAGAAUUAAAUGUACCCCCGUAAAAUAUUAGUAGACACAAUAAAUAUUACAACCGUAUAUUAUAGCAUGUUAAAGUUAAUCAACUCCUAUUCUAGAUAAAUCCAAGUGCUAAGUGUUACAUAAUAAUGGCUGUGGUAUCGUACUGAUGUUAAUCCUUUUAUCACCUUCGUCAUAGUAUUCUUCUUGUUACUUUGUACUGUUAUUAUACAUCCCGAUAGGUUUAAUGUAUUAUUCUGUAGAUGGCCAUGGAUUUGUAUCGUUAAUUAAGUCUUCCAAUUCUAAGUAUGUAUAAGUAAUGAUAUUAAUUUACUUUACCUCUCGCAUUUCUUCAGUACCUGCUCAAAUUAGUAUUAACGUUAUCAAUUUAUUAAGUAUAUUCCAUAAAUAUUUUACACUCCAAACAAUAUUAUAUUAUUAGGUAUAUACAUGCCAUUGUGCACUAUACGUAAUAUUUAAUUAUGUAUAUUUAUAAUUUAAGGCAUUUUCAUUUGGUUAGACAUAUAUUUAUGAAUGUACAUUUAUUAUUAUUAUAGAUAGGUUAUUUCCAAAUAUUUGCACUAAUAGGUAUAUUAUAAUUAAAUACUCAAAUUAUUGUGGCCAACAUUCGAAGCUUCGUAGCAUUAUAGGCUGGUUGUGCAAUGUAUUAUCGAAGUAAAUAUUUAUCACCAAUCGUAAUUGUUCAUACGUAGAUACAUACUGAAUAUAUUUAAACCUAAUUAUACUGAACUACUUUUGUGGAUACAUCACUCAUCGAGGUAAAUGUAACCAAAGAGUGUUUCAGAUAUCUAACGGUAUAGUAAAUCACUGUACGCCGUUACACAAGAUAAUUAUCAUCCUCAAAUGGCAUCCUACUAUAAUAUGCAUUAAUAAAAAAUAUUGACUUACAUAUAUGGUUAAAGUUAUAAAGCUAAACAAUUUACUAUUAAAAUAAUAGGCUAGCUGUGUAUCCAAAAUUAUAAUAUAACCAAAUCGACGUAGACAAAUACACUUUCUCUUUGUUCACGUAGUGCUUUACCUCCUCCGUAGCUGUGCACAGACUCUGUCAAAAUAGAUGUUGCACCCACGAGCAAAAGUGAAUGUCCUUAAAUAAGUAAUCAAUAGUGAGUAAAGUAAAUAUAUUCAAUGCAAAUUAAUGGAUCGGUGCACCGUAGAUUCUAUCGUCACUGUGUGUAUCUAGGCUACCGCUUAAGUAAAGUAAGUAGAUGUUCUAACUAAAGUAGUGGCCGCCGCCAAAGCCCAGCAUCGCCCCUACCGCUUGAAUGUUCGAUGACGACGCGCUCGCGGCGGCGCGCCCCCGCCCCCCACAACACUCAUCAAACAUUCAACUCUUUGCUCGCGUGCGCGAUUCCCGGCGAUCGGUCCCAUCCGUCCAAAUUCCGUCAGCGCAAUGCGCGCCCACAGCCGUGAGAUUAUGUAAGCCUAGAUCACACGGCACCUGUUCCAUUGAUAUUGCAAAUUGGAUGCCAAAGUACAGUAAGACAAGAAGUAACGGUUCUUACGGAUUUUGAUUAUUUUCAACUGUCAAUAAAUAACUACAGUUCUACGUUACAAUGUAACAUGGUGACUAACGUAAUGGAUCGUCGCCUUUCUACAUGCCCAGUUCUUUUGAGGUAUAAACAAUAGAGGUCGUUACUGUACUGUGGUAUCCACUCAUGCAUCUUUGGAACAAAUGAAGUGUGAAGUGGGCUUUAUAAAGAGUUCGGUGUUUGGUGUGUUGUAGGAUCGCCCGUGUGGAAACCGCGCGACAUGUCGAGCUCGG